CCUCUUUCUGACAUGGACCUGUUUCUGCCUAGCAGCCAACCAAUGCAUGGAAAGGAGGCUGUUCUGAAAAGCCACAUGUGCUGCCCAGAGAGGCCAGAUAGAGCUCCGGAGCUCCCCGACCACAGUCUCCACUGGCCAGAAAGCUUGAAGGGCGAAGAGCUAAAGAAGCAUGGCCGGGAAGGGACACUACUGAGUAAGUACAACCAGCAGUACCACAAGCUGUUCAAGGAUGUCCCUUUGGAGGAGAUGGUUCUCAAAGUGUGCUCCUGUGCCCUCCAGAGGGACUUCCUCCUCCACGGCCGCCUCUACAUCUCCCCCAACUGGCUGUGCUUCCACGCCAGCCUCUUCGGCAGGGAUGUGAAGGUGGCCAUUCCUGUGGUGUCCGUGCAAACCAUCAAGAAGCACAAGAUGGCCCGGCUCCUUCCCAACGGACUGGCCGUCACCACCAACACCAGCCAGAAGUACGUCUUCGUGUCGCUGCUCUCCCGGGACAGUGUGUACGACACGCUGCGGAGGGUCUGCACCCACCUACAGCCUUCCAGCAAGAAGAGUCUGAGUGUACGGAAAUUCCCACAGGAGCCCGAGUGCGAGUCUCUGGAAGUCCUCAUCCCCGAGAUGAAGUGGAGGAAGGUGUGCCCGGCCUCCCGCUCCCUGUCGCUCCCCGACAACAUCCCGCGAGCCUCGGCGGACGCCGCGGACGGCCGCUUCGCCUCCAGGAGCGCCCCCGGGUCUGAGGCCUCCAUCUUUGAGGGUGACGAGCGGCAGGAGGAGCCCAGGGGCGAGCAGGAGCCCAGGCUCUGGGAUUCCCGGCUUCUCAAGGUCGUCUUCAUCAUGAUCUGCCUGCUGGUAGUGUCGUCAUCGUACUUGGCAUUCCGGAUCUCCCGCCUGGAAGAGCAGCUGUGCUCCUUGAACUGGGCCGGGCCGGUGCCCGGGCACAGGUGA